UUUCAGUCCAAAAUUACCACUAGAAUUUCAAAAUGGGGUCUGCUGGUUCUGUGGAUCGUGGACCUAUUCGAACACUUGUUCUAGGAUGUAUGGGCGCUGGGAAGACAUCUUUUAUUCGACAAAUGGUCAAAAAUCACACAAAGAGCAUCUGUUUGCGACGAGAAUUGUAUUUGUAUUGCGUUCAACUCAAUCUUCUUAAUAUUUACCGUGAACUGAAAAACGUCAUAGAAGCUUUGGAAAUUCCUAUCAGUGAAGAUCAGAAACAAAGGUUCACCCAAUUAGAUGAAUACCGUCACCGAGAGGUUUUCCCUCCAAAAAUCAUUGAAGCAAUGAAGGAGCUGUUUGAAUCGGGUCUCUACGAGUUAUGCAGACUUCGACAACGAAUUCUUCCACUUCCACAAAACUAUCAUUUUCUAUUUCAACGUGGCGAUGACUUUAUGAAUCCGGAAUAUGUACCCUCAGAACUGGAAAUAAUGAUGUCAUACUCACAGACUUGUGGCUUAAAUCGGGAAAAUGUCACGUGUCAAGGAUAUAAGUUUGAGCUUCUCGAAAUGCCAGGACAUCAUCUGUGGAGAGCAAAAUGGGCUGAUUAUUUUGAUGAUCCAAAUCUUGUCGUUUUUGUAAUUGAUCUCAGUGAACUUUGUGAUCCGGCUUUUUAUAAUAAAGGAUAUCUUGAAAAUAAGACAGUAACCGUAUUCGAAUCUCUCGUAAAUAAUCCAGUUCUCGCCAAAGUUUACUGGUUACUUCUGUUCAACAAAGCCGACACAUUCAAUGAUCACUCGGCUGGAUUUGAUUUCCGAAAGCUCGCAAAUCAUCUGGACACUGCUGACAGUGCUCGAUCUUUCUAUAGAUCUCAGUUUACAACUAAAAUCUCAAAGACACGAUGUUUCCCGCAUAUCGUGUCCUUAGUCAACUUCAAGGAGAGCCAAUCUGUGAUGAUGGAAAUGUUCAAGAAAAUCGGAAAAAUGCAUCGAGAACGUCCCAAUCUAAUGUAAUCGUAUUUUAUGAACUGUUUUCUUUAUUCAUUUUGGAACUUUAUAAAAGUAUAAAAUUUAAUUAUUAAGUAACAACUAAAAAACAAAACAAAAAA